GAAAACAUAUACCAGAGAACUAUGUGUUUCAUGCCAACCUUCUCUCAUUAAAACCAUCUUUAAUGCUAGUAAUAAUGGAAAGCAGAAAAUAAUUUCGACACUAGCCUUCACGUCCUAUUCCAUCAAGAUCCAACAACACAGAGUCUCUUUUUCUCUCUCUCUCGCCAUGAAACUCUCCUUCUCUCUCCCUUCCAAACCAAAACCCACGCAAAAAGCGCCCAUCCCCAACGCCUCCGCCCACGAAGACCAAAACCAUAAAGAAUUUGUCACUGAAUUCGACCCUUCCAAAAUCCAAUCCCACCCCAACUCCAUACCUUCUUUCAUAAUCCCUCCCAAGCAAAACGAAUGGCGUCCCUACAAGAAGAUGAAAAAUCUCGACCUCCCUCUCCAAUCGCACGCCUCUCGUGAUCUCCAAUUUGAGCUCGAUUCCUCCUCCCAGCAUCCCCAUUCCGACACCAACAUCUCUUACGGUCUUAAUCUCCGCAGCAACUCCGCCAAGGGAGAAGCGGAUGAAGAACAGGGAAUUCCCGAACCGGCAGCUUCUGUCGAGACUGUCCUUCUCCAGAGUUUAAAAGAGGAUUUGAAGAGGCUGCCCGAGGAUCGAGGGUUUGAAGAGUUCGACGAUGUUCCUGUGGAGGGUUUCGGUAAGGCUUUGCUUGCUGGGUACGGGUGGGUUGAAGGGAGAGGAAUUGGGAAGAACGCAAAGGAAGAUGUUAAAGUAAAGCAGUAUGAGAGGAGGACCGACAAAGAGGGUUUAGGGUUUAGUUCUAAGGAAACUAAAGAAAGAUUACACGAUUUCAAGAAUGCCAAAGAAGAAACAUUGAAGGAGGAUGGAGACGGGUUUUUCGUUGGGAAAGAUGUGAGAGUGAUUGAAGGGAGAAAAAUGGGUUCGAAAGGUACAAUAAUGGAGUUGGGUGGUAGUUGGGUUGUUUUGAAGUUGAAGAACAGAGAUGAGGAAGUUAAAGUUCGUAAAUUUGAGAUUGCUGAUUUGGGUUCAAGGGAAGAAGACAAGUGUUUGAGGAAAUUGAAGGAGUUGAAGAUAAUGGAAGGCAAAGAUUCGAAACACAAGAGGGAUGAAAGAAAGCUUAUCAAACAGAGCCGAGAGAGUGAGAGUGAGAAAAGAAGUGAAAGCGAAGUUAAUGUUGAGAGAGUUAGGAGUAAUGGUGAUCGAGGGGUUUCUUGGCUUAGAAGUCACAUUAGGGUUCGGAUUAUUAGUAAAAGUUUGGAAGGGGGAAGGUUUUAUUUGAAGAAAGGGCAGGUAGUGGAUGUUGUUGGACCAUAUGUAUGUGAUAUAUCAAUGGAUGACAGUAAGGAAUUGAUUCAAGGGGUCGAGCAGGAACUGCUUGAGACUGCAUUGCCGAGGCGUGGUGGUCCAGUUCUUGUUUUGUAUGGUAGGCAUAAAGGUGUCUACGGAAGUUUGGUGGAGAGGGAUUUAGAUAGAGAAACAGGUGUUGUAAGGGAGGCUGAUAGUCAGGAGUUGUUAAAUGUGAAACUUGAACAGAUUGCUGAGUAUAUGGGGGAUCCAAGCUAUCUUGGUUAUUGAUUAUGGCAUUUGCCUUCGCACCACAGUAACUAAUCCAUGACAUGAUCUCUGAUCAAAUAAAUAGGCACAAUGAUAAGUUUGGUCAUUGUGACUCUGGAGGUACGAGUUCAAGUGGCAAGGACAGCUUCUUGCAAAAGCCAGGGGUUAAUAUUCCCUUGAUCCACAAUGUGGAAGUCUCGUACAUUGCCCCCAUUCCCCUUCAACUAUUUGUACAUUCGAAUUGGAUUGAGGCUAUAUGUAAAAUGUUUGUUUGACUGAAAGUCCAAUAUUUAAACAUUGAGCAAAUAUGCAAAUGCAAUGUAAGUGCUAAGUCAAGAAAAGUAAUUUAAUAGUAGUGUUAUGUUAGUCCACAGAAUACCAUUCUUAUCAUCAAAGUGUGUACUUAUGAUAAGUUUAAUAUGGAUUGUAAUGAUGGAAGAAGCAUUUUCUUUAAUGGUCGAAGUAUGUAGUUGAAUUAUGAAUUGAAGAAGAUGAAUAACAAACAGCUUAG